UCCUGCCUCUGCACAUCAUGGCCACUGACUGGCUGGGCUGGAGAGGGAGACCGCGAGCACCGAGUGCGUCCAGCUCAGCCAGCCAGGCCUUUCACCACAAGGCAGCAAGGAGCAGCAGGCAUGGUGGUGACAGGACUCUGGUCUACAGCCCAUGGCCACCACAGGACAUGGCAGGAAGAAGCCAAGGAGCUCUCUAGAGGGACCUACUCUUGUGUAGCAACAAAUGACUGGCCAAAAUGGAUCUGGUUUGCUUGUGGGACAGAACCUUCCACUAGCUCUCUGUGCAAAUCCUCCAUUCUUCUUUUAUCCUGCAUUGAAGUGGAGGAAGGUCCCAGCAGAGGAGAGGAAAUGAGGAGGGUCAGCAGCCGCCUCUUCCUCCUCUCAGGAUGUCUCCUUGUGCUUGCAGUGAUUGAGGCUGAAUGUUUCUCCCAGCCAGGACGCCGAGUGUGUUCUGUGGCAGUGGAGAGCCACAUGGUGUCCUUCUGUGUCUACCAGCCCUACCUCACCAUGUGCCAGGGACAGAGGCUUUGCACUACAUACAGCACCACCUACCGGGUCUCCCACUGUCAGAUGUAUCAGGCGAUUUCUCAGCCGGCACACAGGUGCUGUCCAGGAUGGAGGCGGGUGAGUGGCCGUGCCUGGCUGGGAUGCAACACAGCCAUCUGCCAGCCGCCUUGCCAGAAUGGAGGGAAGUGUUCACGCCCCAACCAAUGCGCCUGCCCUGCAGGGUGGACUGGAAGGUGCUGCCAGACAGAUGUGGAUGAAUGUGCUGGAGGAAGACACGGCUGCAGCCAGGCCUGCCUCAACGUGGCUGGGAGUUACAGCUGCAGCUGCCAGAAAGGGCACAAGCUCCAGGCUGACGGGAAGACAUGCCAGGCCCCUGCCCUUGGCAUCACUGGUCUGGCUGGAGCCUCCAACCGGACCGUGCAGGAGGACGUGAAGGAGCUGAGAACCAGAGUGCUGGCCCUGGAGGAAAAGCUUCAGCAGGCUUUGGCCCCUUUCCUCAGGCUGGAGCCGCCAGGGCCGGAGAGCGCCAGCAGCAACGGCAACACACUCCGCUGGCUCCUGCAUGUCUGGCAGCAGGUGGACAGGAUAGAUUCCCUCAGCGAGCAAAUCUCUUUUCUGGAGGAGCAACUGGAGACAUGCAGCUGCCAGCCUGGAGAGGGUGGCCGAAGAAGCAGGAAGAGGAGCCCCCCCUUCUGACCUUGUCACCUCACACCAGGGCUUGAGAACUGGGAGCCAGCCCCAUGGAGCGCACUCCCCUCCAGGCUGAGAGAAAUGGACAGAACAGCUUCUCACCCACCCACUUGCCGAGAGGAGCGUCAGCCGCCCAGGCCCACACAAUACGAGGGACAGAUGGCACUCCUGUGAGCAUGGAAGAAGGAAAGGCAUUUCUGCACUACCAGCUUCAGCAUCUUCUGCUACUCAGGGCUUCCUCAAAGCUCCUGGGAGCUGUAGUUUGGCGAGGGUGCCAGGAUUCACAAAUGGUUCUCCCUCUCUAAUCACAAAACAUGUUUCUGGUGCAAAGCAGAGACCACCACAAUGGGAACGCAGCCCUCAAGAAGUCAGUUCUCCCACUGCAGAAGGGGCUGCAGGGCCUCUGUUUAGUUGCAGAACGUGCCUAUUCCUUCUUUGGAAAGGACACUUCUUUCAUGUGCAAUAAAGGUCUUGUGUUAACCUGGUAGAUUAAUACAGGUUGCAGAUCAAGCCACUGUGAGGAAGAACUCCCUUCUGAGAUCUUUGCAUCCUGAGAGUGCCAGACAAGGGCUGGAAAUGGUACAAUUACUUACCAUUUAAUACACGGAGACUCUGUGCCAGUAAUUGAGAGGGCCUGAGAUUGUCACCUCCCCCCACUCCCCUGAAAUUGAUUGCAAUAAAAAUCCCAUUUCUGAAAA